CGGAAGAAUACAAACGUGUAUAAAAACUUCCUUAAUGCGAAAUCAAUGAAAUAUCUAAAUUGCAGAUAUUUGUACUUUUAUAAUACGAGAGUGUGCGGAAUAUUCAUAGCAUGGAAAAUAUGUACAUACUAUGUCCAAAGUGAGGCAUUAUUUUCUACUUAGAGGUAGAAAAAUAAUAUUUCGAAAACGUAAGAAAUCAUCGUUUUCAUGGUUCCACUUGUUUGAUCGCGUUCAGAGGAACAUGAAUUUACACAAACAACCAUAGUCCGGUAAUAACUUCGUACAUGUGUAUCCCGUUAGUAUCCGGGCAAUUUAAAAUUAUUCUUGCAGUAGUGGUGACCUCCCGUGGUAGAUGGAAUAUUCGCAAUUGAACCCGGCAGAGUUUUGCGAUUACGCUAAUUACGAUGAAGAAACGGUCGUGUUAAGAAUCGUUGGUCGCUUGAUAAUCAGCAGCUCCGUUCAGUCUUGUGGUCGGACGGAAAGUGCAAAGUUACCCCGAUGCUUCUGCGUGCUCGUCUGUUGUGUGACGUCGUAUUGUCUUUUAAUAGUCAGCCCCUGUGACCGGUUUUUCCGUCGUUAACAAGGCACCGUUGUACGUUGAGACGCGCCCUCGUCCGACCUUGAAACCUAUAAUCGUUCAUAGCGUUCGAUGUUCGAAACAUCGUCUGGAAAACUAUUAGUCGUGCUCCACAGGUUCGAAUCUUCUUUGUUUUCUUCGGCGUCUCGUUAACGCGGAGCAACAGUGAAAUGGCGAAAAAGACGUACGAUCUGUUGUUCAAGUUGCUGCUGAUCGGUGAUUCUGGAGUUGGCAAAACUUGUAUACUGUUCAGAUUUUCGGACGAUGCUUUUUCAACGACGUUUAUUUCUACAAUAGGGAUACAGCUGGUCAGGAAAGAUUUCAUACCAUUACUACAUCAUAUUAUAGAGGUGCAAUGGGUAUUAUGCUUGUUUAUGAUAUUACUAAUGAGAAAACGUUUGAAAAUAUUGUUAAAUGGUUAAGAAAUAUUGAUGAAAUAGCAAGAGAGCAUGGAAUCAGAUUUAUGGAAACAUCUGCAAAAGCAAACAUUAAUAUCGAUCGUGCAUUUAGUGAAUUAGCUGAAGCAAUAUUGGAAAAAACUCAUGGGAAAGAACCACAAGAUGCUCCCGAUAGAGUAACAGUUGAUCGAAGGGUGGAAAGAAAUUCUAAUCGGUGCUGCUAAUCUUAUUUAUUUUAACGGCGCAUAAUAUACUAUAUAUAUACAUAUAUAUAAAAUAUAUAUAUAUA